AUGGCCGGGCCCGACGCACAGUCCGCCACUGAAACCUCUGGGAAUCUUCCCGACCACCCGACUUACCGUAAGAUCUCGCCUCACUUUCCCUUCCUCGAGCUCCCGCCAGAAAUCAGGGUCAUCAUCUAUGAAUACCUACUGGUGUUUCCGGACAACGAAAACGGUGGCUUAAGGAUCGAGCUCCAUCCGGAUACCGAAGCUUCUGAGCGCAGCUGUCGAGCCGCCAGUGACAGCAGUGUCGUCCGCAAUCGGGCGCUCAACAUCUUACUGGUUAGCAAAGCCGUCUUUUCAGAAGCCGGUAAGGUCUUCUAUUCUGACUGCAAUUUCAACUUCGACGACAAGCCCGACAAUCCCGAUGGAAAGUUCGAGUCCAUCCUCAUCUGCCAGGCAUUCCUGACUGCUCGCUCGUCGUUUACGCUGAAAUACAUCACAUCCGUCGCGUUCACCAUCCACCUGGACUGGAUGGCAGAUAAAAACCCGAACGCAAAGGUCCUAGGUUCCCUCGUCAACACCCUAAACACCGACCUACCUGCAUUUGAACAGCUUGGUCUCACACUCUAUGGCUCAUGUCCAGAGACCCGCCGCACGCCCUGGAAUUGGUACCCGCCAAAUGAUAAACAUGACCAUCCGCAGAAGUGGUUUGGGGUGCUUCUCGAACUUCGAAAGGUCAAGUACUUGUUAAUCAAUUACAAGGACUUCGAGCCCUAUGAUCUAUAUCCCUAUGACGACGAGGAUUUGGAGUUUGCCAAAGAACGUAUCGGCCGCUCAGUGGCUUUCGUAAGUUUUUUACGGGCUCAUCUUCUCAAGAACGCCGGCGAACUUGGAACACGGAAUAUCCUUGUUUACAGCCGCCACAUUGCGACGUUCACGCAGGAACGUUGGAAGAGGAAAAUGGAUCGCAUAAGCAUAAUCAUAUGCUAUGAUGAUGAAAACGGGAAAUCGAUUCAGGAAAAGUCGGCGAUGCGUCCAUCACCACUGCAUAUCGGUGUCCUUGAGAAAUGCGUCAAAGAAGGGAAGGAUCCAAAGGAGUUCGAAGAAGAAUUGCGGGUCAAUAUAGUGGCUAACGACGACGACUUGGGAUACUCGAUAUUCUCUCGAAACUUGUUUCUCGAAGGGGCUCUUGAGCUAGGCAUGUCUGACACAGAGGACUGGGACGUGAGUGACGGUGGGGACAACGACAGUCUGAAGGAUGUCGACCUUGGGAGCUUUGACUGCACUUUCAUCACGGAUGAGGAGUUCUUCAAGACCUACCAUCAGCUUCCCGGUUGA